AUGAAGUCCAUAAUCCUUCUUCUUGCGGCUCUUCUGCCCAUGGCCAUGUCUUCUGCCGUACCUGCAGACGCGGACGCGAAAGUCGAACUGAGUCAGAAGCAAGAGCUUUCCGGCCACAAUUCCCUGCGGUGCCAGGUCGGAAGCAGCACUCAAUUCAAGAACAUCUCUUGUGGUGGGGCUCCGGUUGCAGGCUCCUACACCAACGGGCAGGCCAUCUUUCUGAGGUGCAAGAUUAGUAGAGGCGGCGGCACUACAUGGUACAAGACCAAACAAGGGACUUGGGUUCUAAAUGCGAAAUGGCACUCUCGCUCACGUAUCAAAUCUGUCUUCGAUGAGAUGGAUAGUCCUUGA